GCUAAAGCAAUAAGAAUAGCUUUGAACAUGACUUAGAGUGUCUCGUGACCAGUGAUUGGAGUAACCCGAUGGAGUGUGCAAAAUGUGCAGCUAUCAAGGGCCUUUGAGUAUGCCCGGAUAGUCCGCCUGGCGCUGUUUCAGGCUUUCAGCUACAAGUUGCAAGGAGUGGUGCACCGUGCACGUCGCGCCCGAGAAUCCGAGACGCGAAUGCAAUCAAGGGGUGGACGCAAUUGCAGAAGGACUGCAAUCAAUCUCGCGAUCCUAUCUCACCUCCUGGAGUCCGCACACUUGAGCAAAGUCAGUGGACUCGGGUGGAGACCCUUGACAAAGUGUAAGCCAUCGACGCGCAGAAUCUUGAUUCUUGCAUCGUCGUGGGCGGUAGGCCAAAGCAUGUCCAAAAGAGAAGCCGUUCAGGCCCAACCUGUUAAGCUGCAGAUGGGUGAUUGCGGCCAUCAGUUCCGAAACCCCGGACUCCACUCCGGCACAGAUUACGACAACGUCGACAAGAGUAGCAGUUCUACAAGUCUACUGUCAGAGGCUGCAAAGCAGGCCGCUGUCGUCGCACAUGAGCCAUCCCACUGAAAGAAUCUUGAAGGUGGAAUUGUCUAUCAGUCCUUGCCAACUGCACAGUCUGCACUAGGAGCAUUGCAUAUGUGUGAGAACUGGCCUGCUGUGUCGGUCUCAAAUCUUCC